CCCUUUACGACAUCUUUGAGCAACACUGUGGCACAGCGCUCUUUGUGCGCCCCAUCUGCUGGACUGAUUUACAUGCUCAACUCCUCGGUGUGAAAUGGGAGGAACUACCACCAUGUGAUACACCUCAGCCUACGAUAUCCCCAGCAACGCCACCUUCGCCAGGGCACCUCAAUCCGUCGAAUACAAUCAUCACUCUUAACAACGCGCUCGCAUAUAUUCUUCUGCCUGACCCGAUGCACCCUAUCCUCACUUCCAAUGCCGUCAAGACAGCCCUCAUGACGCUAUGGCCUAAAGCCUUUAGUGAGCCGCAUUACUUACCCGAAUUCCAUCUAUACUUUGGCGGUCUCGUUUAUCGUAAUGCUGUGCCCGCGCAGAUCUUGUGGAAUUUCCCUUCUGAUGAGGCAAAGUCUUCCUACUCUUCCUUCAGAUCAGUCUCAACGCAGUUCCCUCCAAAUCAAAGCCCUACUAAUCUACCCAUGAUCUGCUAUAUUGGCAAGACCCAGCUGGCGUCAGUCCGAAACAACUCAUUUCGCCUUGCAUGUGGCCCAGGGAGACCAUGGAACGAGCCCGUGUUUCGUAUCCAGCAACUCAGGGCUCGCAUGCUCGUGCCUUCAAAUUCAGAUCACGAUGCGCACUUCGUGGGCGUAUUUUUAGGGAUGGCGCAGAAGCACUUUUACCCUUCCCCACCUAUCACUGGCAGACGUGACUUACGAAUAUCCCCAGAGCAAGGCAUCCUCCCGUGCCCUAACUUUCACGACCUCAAAUUGAGGAUCCUCACCCACGACACGGACACAUUGGAGUUUAUUGUCCACACUGGAUACGUAACAAAGGAAUUUUUGGAAAAGUUCCACGACCCGUUCAAGGCGCCGCUCGACGAUGACAAUGCUGCCGUUUCAGGCCUCAAGAUCGAAUACACAAGGGUUCCCAUUUGGCCGAUUCUAGGCCUACGAGAGAGACUUGGCAAAGCCUUAGGCCAGGAAGUUGUUGGUGCCUUUAAUCCAGGAGAGAUAGAAACAUGGGAGAAAGAACGCGGGGAAUAGGGCGGCGAGAAGCGCAAGUGAGAGGUCCUCUGAGAAGUAAUUAACAGUAACUUCGAGGAGGAGUUUGAUGACGAACCGGAAAGGGUGUCAAAGAAGUGCUGCCUGAACUGGAGUACACCGGUCGGUGUACUCAUCUGAGAGCUAGAAGUUGUGAAUGCAUAGAAUGAACAGGGCUGAACGCCAAAGGAUGAUGGUUUGGUGGUGCAGACACGUUCUAAGACCGAAACUCAAGCAUCAAGCCAUCCAUGGACAGAGGAUAUGACAUGGAACCGGCGUGUGAAUAUGGAACUAUGACGCCCUGGAUACGAAUGCGAGGGUUCACGGGGUGUUUUUUCCAUGAUUUAUCUCAUCUUCAAUAUGUGCUAACUAUUACGAGGCUCAUUUCGGUAUAUCUCCUGAUGCCCAGGAUUUCGUUGACACGAAUAUCUUUAACCCUGAC